AUGGCAGCGCCCGGGGCAGCGGCCUGCUGGCUAUUGGUGGUGGGCAUGGUAGUAGCAUUUGUGCCAUUGGUGGAAGCAUCGGCAACGAUUCAUUUGCCCGAGUUGGACGAGCGGCCCAUUCUGUUUGUGGACGACUUGCAGAACCUUGUUCACUACGUGGGAGAUGAUGCGAUUGAGUAUUUGAUGAAUAUGCUUCCGUCCAUUGACACGGGUCUGGAUCACCAUGGCAAGUACACGGGUAAUGCAGGCAAUGGCGGUGUGGAUGCCGGCGAGCUGGCCAUUCGUCUCGUGCGCGUUGAGCUUGAUCGCCAGUUGAUGGAUAGCUUUUAUCGGCGCGCUGAUGCAGACCUGAAUCAGGAUGACCUGGUUACCUUUGAAGAGCUGAUCGAGUCCAACUCCACCUUCGGCUUGGACGUGCCGGUCGUAGCUUCUCGCUUCAAUGCCGCCGAUGAGAACAAGGAUGGCUGGCUGAGUUUGAAUGAGGUUGCCAACUUCUUUUACCCCCAGUCACACCCAAUCAUGUUCCGUGCACUCGCGAGCACGAAUGAAGGCAUGCUGCACGGGGCUCAAGUUGAAAACCACACACAGGAUGAAAACACACACAAUCUUUAUACCCCACAAGAUCAAUGUCGCUUUGAUCGGCCGUCGGACCACAACUCCAAACUGGACAAGGGCGAAGUGCGCUUGCGUAAGAUUCAGGAGCAUUUUCCUGGCUACGCAAGCUUUCCCUUUGAUCUGGCACACUUGAGCCAGCGCCUCGAUGGCGCAAUGGAUGAGGACGGUUAUCUCUCUCUGUCAGAGCUUAUGCACUGGUUCGACGGCGAGUACGAUGCGCGCAUUGCCCAGCAUGUCGCCAAGAUUUUUGCACAGGUGGACACGGACCAGGACGGCGAGCUGUCCCCGACGGAGAUUCGUGAGCAUCAUGCUGUUCUCAUUGGCGAUGCUGAAGCUCGUAAAUACGGCGUGUUCAAGCAAGGUCAAGUGGAUCUGAGCGAGCAGGAGGCGGAAGAGAUUUUCAAGUAUGAGGCUCCGGAUCCCGAAGACGCCGAGCCCGUUCUUACCGAGGGCCAACGUCAGGUCGAGGAGCUUGUCGCAAAAAAGAUGAUUCCGCGCGACAUGGGGGACCAGCUGCUGCGUGGCGAGCUUCCCAAGGACAUUGUCCACGCCCUGCAAGCCGGCACUUACAGUGAGGAAAUGCUCGAGCUGCUCGAAUUACUGGAAAUCGAUGUAUCCCACCUCCUGACGGACGACGAGGCACCCAUGCCUGGACAACAUGCGGAGUUGUAA